UCCGGGUUUGGGACGUUGGAGUUCGAGAGGCCUUGUGGGGUCCCCUUUGUCUUUCAUUGAACCCAAAUGACAAAACAAAAUGCAAUUGGGUUUCUUCCAUUCUUCUUCCUUCCCAGAAAAUGUUAAAACAAGCUUCAAUGGCUCCUUUUCUGUCUUGUGCAUAAUCAAAUCUUCCCUCAGAUCAUCUAGCACAAUCCUUCACAAUAGUAUUGUUUCAUUCAGUCAUUCUCAAUGUUGCUAAGAAACUCCAUUUCCAACACCAAGAAGUUCUUCAGAAGGACCCUCAACAACUUCAAGUCUUUCUUCUCUUCAGGAUACCACAGGCUUCCAAAAACAUCUCCCCACCAUCACUUUCCCUAUUCUUCACCUAGUCCUCUCAUCCUCAUGGACACCCAUCAAAGUAAUUCAGAAUUGGAGAAGCUCAAUACUCACCAAUGGGAUUCCUCAGAGAAAGAGAAGGCAGAGAGAAGGAGCCAGGAAAAGGAGGAGUAUUAUCAUCGAAGUCCUGUACAGAAGAAGAAGAUGAAGCAGAUAGAUAAAAGAGACAAUGAGAGGAACAUGAUUAGUCAUCAAAAAGGGAGGCAUGAAGAGUCACCAGUGAGAAAUUUAAUGGUGGAAAGGAGGCUGAGGGAGCUAGAGAUGCUGGAUAUGGGGAAUGUGGAAUAUGUGUUGGACAUUGAAGAGGUUCUUCAUUACUAUUCAAGGCUCACUUGUCCUGCAUAUCUUGAAAUUGUGGAUAACUUCUUCAUGCAGAUCUACUCUGAGUUCUUUGCUUCUGUUUCUAAAUUGCCCCCUCCAAAUCAAUAAGCCUCUUUCCCUGCUUACUUGAUUCUCUUUGUUUAUUGACCCUACAUUAUUAGAACUGUUUGGUCUGUUUCAAUAAUUUAAAUUUAUUUUUGUUUCUUUCAGAUAUUCAUUCAUCAACACUGAGACUAUUCUUUUGACAUAUUUAUUAUAUAGGGACGUGAUUAUGAAUGAUAUGUAUAUGUAUAUGCAUUUCACAUAUACACUUGGAUAAGCAAAUUCAGAAUACAUUCAGGAAGUUGCAAUCACACUGUAAAUGUAAAUUUCUUUCAAGAUCAGAAACUAGUUUUAGCUCAACCUGCAGGAAUGGAAGGUGUCUAUU